AGCCCCGCCCAUCCUCAUUGACGGUAAAAUGGCGACAGACAACUGUAAUUCUGUGAGCUCGGAGCCUGACAUGGAACUGCUCAGUGACGAGGAAAURGAAAGGGAAGCUGAGGGCUUCAAAGAGCAAGGCAAUGCUUUUUAUAUCAAAAAGGAUUACACAGAGGCGUUCAAUUACUACACCAAGGCUAUUGAUAUGUGUCCAAAGAAUGCGAGUUACUAUGGGAACCGAGCGGCUACAUUAAUGAUGUUGUGCCGGUACCGGGAGGCUUUAGAAGACUCUCAGCAAGCAGUACGACUAGACAACACCUUCAUGAAGGGUCAUCUGCGAGAGGGCAAGUGCCAUCUCUCCCUCGGCAACGCCAUGGCUGCCAGCCGCUGUUUCCAGAAAGUUCUAGAACUGGAGCCGGACAACGGUCAGGCCCAGCAGGAGCUGAAGAACGCAGAAUCCAUCCUGGAGUAUGAGAAGAUGGCAGAGAUUGGGUUUGAGAAGAGGGACUUCAGGAUGGUGGUCUUCUGCAUGGACCGUGCCUUGGAGUGUGCGUCGGCCUGUCACAAGUUUAAGAUACUGAAGGCCGAGUGCUUAGCCCUGCUGGGACGAUACCCAGAGGCUCAGUCUGUUGCCAGCGAUAUACUCCGAAUGGACUCCACCAACGCAGAUGCUCUGUACGUGCGCGGCCUCUGCCUGUACUACGAGGACUGCAUCGAAAAGGCGGUUCAGUUCUUCGUCCAGGCCCUGCGCAUGGCCCCCGACCACGACAAGGCCCGGCUCGCAUGCAGGAACGCUAAAGCACUAAAAGCUAAGAAGGAGGAAGGGAACAAGGCGUUCAAGGAGGGGAAUUUUGAGGCAGCCUAUGUGCUGUACUCUGAGGCACUAACAAUAGACCCCAACAACAUCAAGACUAAUGCCAAGCUGUACUGUAAUAGAGCCACUGUUGGAUCGAAGCUGAAGAAACUAGAACAGGCCAUUGAAGACUGCUCAAAGGCAAUUAAACUGGAUGAGACCUACAUCAAGGCCUAUUUAAGGAGAGCACAAUGCUACAUGGACACAGAGCAGUACGAAGAGGCAGUGAGGGAYUAUGAAAAGGUCUACCAAACAGAAAAGACAAAAGAACACAAGCACCUCCUGAAAACGGCUCAGCUGGAGUUGAAGAAAAGCAARAGGAAAGAUUACUACAAAGUGCUCGGCGUGGAGAAGAACGCCACGGAAGACGAGAUCAAGAAAGCGUACCGCAAACGUGCUCUCUUACAUCACCCAGAUCGUCACAGCGGAGCUAGCCCAGAGGUGCAGAAGGAAGAGGAGAAGAAGUUUAAGGAAGUGGGYGAGGCUUUCAGCGUGCUUUCAGACCCAAAGAAAAAAGCUCGUUACGACAGCGGGCAGGAUCUGGAGGACGACGGCAUGAACAUGGGAGAUUUUGAUGCCAAUAACAUUUUCAAGGCGUUCUUCGGAGGACCAGGAGGGUUUAGCUUUGAAGCUUCUGGACCAGGAAAUUUCUUCUUCCAGUUCGGCUAAUUGGAGGACUCGUCUACAUAAAUCAUUACAUCAUCAGGACUUUGCUACAGUGUCGACCCCCCUCAACCCRCCAUUUGUAUUUAUUGACUGACUGACUGCAAGUCAGGAUCCUGUCUAUGCCAUUGACUGAAUGAAUGCAACCCAAUGACCAGACGCAGCGAAUUAUUUAACGGCCAUCAAAGCAAGGAUAUCAAGAUCCAUUGAUUUUAGCUUUACUGGUUUUUGACUUUGUUUUCUUCCGUCUGCGAUGAAACUGACUUGAAAAUCAGUAACGGCUGGCAGCACCGGUCCAAAUAUUCUCUGGAUUUCUGAUAAAGGAGAAAACGUGCAGCUUUUUUUUUUUUUCAUCAGAGCUUCUUGGGAUYCGUGCAGGAAGUGUCAUCCUCGGGGGAAACUCUCGAGACGAAUGAGCUUUUAACCCGGCUCGUGUCCGCCUCCCGCCGGGGGAGUUUUCUCUGUGUGAAAGUUGGAAACAGGCCRCACCUCCCCUUUAUAAAGAUUCUGUCAGAUUGACAGAGAGCUGCUACAAAUUCGCACUGAAAGCUGCCUCCUCGUCGUAGCCUACGGGAGSGCUUUGGUUUUUUUUUAAACAGAAAAGAGUUGGAGCCUUAGACCUACACACCCAGCACGGUCAAAGCACACUAGAAAGACGACAGUGCUGGCUUUGUCGUCCCCUGAUCGUCCUCACCAGUUUUACGUUUGUUGUUGCCAUUCACAGCUUGCUGCAUUGUACAUUUUACUGGAAUGUAAAGUGUUGAUUUGUGACGUCAGACUUUAUUUUUCUUUUUUUUUUAAUUGCAUAUGUAUAUUUAUUGUAAGUUUGCUGUCUUAUACACAUUUUGACAAAGGAUAAAAAACAACUCAAUGAGCCUUUCUGACAAAAACAAACAAAAAGGUAACUGAGGUUUGCAUGGAACGUGCUAAAGGUGGGCUUUGCUGCUUGUGUUACCGAACUGUAAUUCAAGCCGUCUAGGUUUGCUGAGCACAAGAGAGGGGCAUGAGAGUAGAGGUAAUAUUAUAAAUGCGGUCGGUGUUGGCUGUUGUCUUUGACAGCCAGGCUCUGUGGACUUUGAAACCUGGCAAAUUUCAGUUACUUCCUGGUUGAGAGCUGUCCUCAUCUUURCCCUCAGUUCUGUCCCUCUGGAAACCGUCUCAUUGAAAAGUACCAGCUGUGUCAAUAAAGUUGGCCUUCUCUGGGUUUCCCUAACAGUC